CAUCGGUUAGAAGCGGCGAGUACUCACUAUUUUUGUUUUUAUUUAGUUAUUUAGAACCUUUUCACUGCCUCAAAGAUACUUUUUGCAUGUAUUACCCUCUCAUACUUUUAACCAUUGUGUUUUUUUGUGUUAGCUAUGAACCAGUUGACCACAUUAGUCACGUAGCGUAUUUAAACCGUAAUUAUUUGAUAUAACUACAUUUAAGUAUUUUCUGCAGGCAUUUUUUUAGUACGUUAUUCCUGUAUGCAUCUAAACAAAACAAGUUUAGAGUGCACGGUAGUACUUUAGGUGUCAAAUUCGACCAAUGUAGACGUUUUGCCGAUGUAGAUAUUUUGGCAGAACACCGGAAGUCUCCCUUCGUGAGUUUUCAUUCCAGCAACAUGUUCAUAUCGUUGACUGUAACCUCAAUUUGUUAUGGAAGGUCGUUGCUAUAGAAUGAUACAGCAACUCCGCGCUGAUAAAAUAUGUCAAACGGCUCCCUUUUCCCAAAUUUUAAUUUUCCUUUAUCUUGAAAGGUUAUCCUGGAAGCCUUCUCAUGGAACUUUUGGUUGACGGACAAAACUCGUAAAAAAUGGCGGCGAUAAUCACCCAAGGAAGGAAUGCUGAAAGCUCCAAACAUAAGUUUUAAUAAAUCAAGCGGACGAGGACAAAAACAUUCUCUGAAACCAUUUUUUUUGCUUUCCCAUUGUGUCUGAAAAGGAGAAAGCGUCGUUGAACUGUCGCGAUGGAGUGCAUGUUCAUCAUGAAUCGGAUGGGCUCUCCGGGUAGCUCGGUUGCAGCCCAACGGAGGCGUAUGGCCCUGGGGGUGGUCAUACUCCUGCUUGUAGACGUCAUCUGGGUGGCCUCGUCUGAGCUGACAUCAUACAUUUUCAGGAGACAGGAGUACAACAAGCCCUUCUUUAGCACCUUCACCAAGACGUCCAUGUUUGUGCUGUACUUACUCGGCUUCCUCUUGUGGCGACCCUGGAGGCAGCAGUGUAGCGGUUCGCUUAAGCGUCGACACGCUUCACUUGUGCAUUUGAAUGGUAUCUGUCCACAGUUUGCUGAUGCAGAAGCCUACUUUGCUCCCUGCACCAAUGACAGCACUGUAAACAACUGCUUGAGUGAACCACUGUACGUGCCCGUCAAAUUUCAGGAGGUACCUACUGAUCUCUCAAACUGUUUAAUCGACACAGACUGUCAUUCUUCGGCUUCUAAAAAGCAGCGGGUGCGUUUUAGCAACAUCAUGGAGGUGCGACAGCUGCCCUCCACGCAAGCCCUGGAGGCCAAACUGUCCCGCAUGUCAUACCCGGCUGCCAAGGACCACGAGGCCAUGUUACGCACGGUGGGCAAGCUAACCAUCACUGAUGUGGCAAAAAUCAGCUUCUUUUUCUGUUUCGUGUGGUUCCUGGCCAACCUGUCCUAUCAGGAAGCGCUCUCUGACACACAAGUGGCCAUUGUCAACAUUUUGUCAUCCACGUCAGGCCUGUUCACACUCAUCUUGGCUGGUAUUUUUCCCAGUAACAGCAGCGACCGCUUCACCUUGUCCAAGUUGCUAGCAGUGGCCCUGAGUAUGGGAGGAGUUGUCCUGGUGAGCCUCUCUGCAAUGGACCGCCCGGAUGAGAAAGCCACAAUUGGUUCCUUGUGGGCCUUGGCUGGUGCCUUUUUGUAUGCCAUCUACAUUGUGAUGAUCAAAAGAAGAGUGGAUCGGGAGGAUAAACUGGACAUUCCCAUGUUCUUUGGGUUUGUAGGUCUGUUCAACCUGCUGCUGCUGUGGCCAGGCUUCCUCCUGCUUCACUACACAGGCUUCGAGGCGUUUGAGCUUCCUACCCAGUUGGUGUGGAGCUACAUCUUCAUCAAUGGCCUCAUCGGGACCGUUCUCUCCGAGUUCCUGUGGCUAUGGGGCUGCUUCCUCACGUCAUCACUCAUCGGGACCCUGGCCCUCAGCCUCACCAUACCGCUGUCCAUUUUGGCUGAUAUUUUCUUGCAGAAGGUACGUUUCUCGUGGCUGUUUUUUGCUGGAGCAGUACCCGUCUUCCUCUCGUUCUUUAUUGCAACACUUUUAUGUCACUACAACAACUGGGACCCUGUCAUGGUGGGGCUGAGGAGACUGUAUGCCUUUGUUUUUAGAAGACAUCGUAUUCAUAGACUCCCUGAGGACAACGAGCUGUGUGAAAGCCUUAUACCUUUACACACCGUCUCCCUAAACCAAGGAAGCCUGUGCUCAUGAUUUACAGUCAAGUGGCAAACAUCUGGUAGCAGCCAGAGACUAUGAUUGAGCCAGUGCCUACCAUUUGAAUGCUCAAAUUGCUUCAGUGUGCUGGAGUUAAGUCCUUUUUUUCCUGAAAUCAUGCAGCUAAAAACUUGAAGCAACUCAAGGUACAGGACAUCACAGAUCAUUGUUACAGUAAUGACGACGUCACAAGAUGGAACGAAGAGGUACGUUUAAAUCGAUCAGCGCACCAACGGCGGAAAUCACCAGGAGUCAUUGUGCAUUCUUAACCAUUUUGCACUUAUUCACUUUUUGCCUUUCAUUUUACUGCCUUUUCCCAACGAGAUUGCUGACAGACUGUUUGAAAAUAUUAUAAUAAUUUUAUCUAAGAACCUUUUGGUUAAAAUGUAUGUUGCAACACUAUUUAAAACCUCUGGUUACUUUGCGGUCAUAUUGACCCAUUUUAAAGUUUAAACAUAUGCUCUUCAAUUUGAAGUUAGCUUAAUCAAUGUAUUCAACAUAUACCAAACUUAGAAUUUAAAACACGUUUGGAUCAUUAAUCAGGCCCACAGGUCAAAUUGACCCAUUGUCUACUUCAUAAUUUCACGUUUCAGGAUGAACCAUGUGCUAAGCUUCAUUAGAGUAGGUAAUUAAGAUCAUACGUUUUUGAUAAUAAUAAUAGCAUGUAAUUUAACUUUAUUGCCAUCUUUCAUUUCUUGUACUUUUGGAUAAUUUAAUACGAUACGAGUCGUACUGACCUAAUUUAGAGUUCGAUUUUUUGUGUGUGUAUAUUUUGUGUUUGAUGUUUUGUUGUAUGUAGGAACAUCAUUGCUGUUCCAUGGAAAUAUACAUAUUGUAACAGAAGGGUAAAUCUUAACCCUUAAAAAAAAGGAUCCAGGAUCAGCAAAACGACCAUUGCUUCUCAAGCACUUCAAUGGUCAUGGGUCAGUUUGACAAAAAAGUAUUAGAAAUGAAACAUCUCAAUACCCUAGUAUUUUUUUCUCAACUUCGUUAAUUUCUAACAAUCAAGAACUUCAUUUCCUCUCACCAGAUUAAGACAAGUUAAUUUUCCAAUUCUUCUGUUAUUUUAUUGUUGAUUAUUCAGUUUGACCCGGGGCAUGUAUAAUGAUUUAAAAGACUAAAGUAUGAAAUAAAAGUUUCAAAGACUCUUACACCCCAAAAAAUACUUUAAACUUGUAUUGCCAUUUCAACUUUUAAAUGAGUCAACGUGACCGGCAAUCAAACGAGAAAGUUAAGACUAUGAACUGUUCAUACCGCUUACAUUAUAAGCUAUGAAGCCUGUUUUUGGAACAGGCAUAAAACGUGAAGUAUUUUUGAUGGCGUCCAGCCGACCACUACGCUUUUCCUGUUGUUAUAUUUUCUAUGUCGCUGUAAUUUAUAACUUUCACAUUGAGCCAAAUCAUCUUUUGUCUUGCGCGUUUUUGUGUGUGAAUCCAGAUAAGGAGAAGAUAAAAAAAACAUUUUAGAGUGUUGGUUUUUGUUCUCAUUGUGCUCACUAACUGGAGAAAUUAAGAACUUGCCAAUCUUGGCAAAUGAACAGGUUCAGCACUUUAAAGGCAAGCAUGUCCAUUCUUGUUUUAUACAUGUGCUGUCUGCAUAUUGUUGUGUGUUUUCAUUGGUCUGAUGAAAACAUGAUGAAACAAAGAAAAUACUUUAUUAUUGUUUUUCAAAUGUUUAUUCGCUUUCCUUCUGUCUCAGGUACUGUCUUGAUUGUUUGAAAAAUAGUGUGUGGCUUUUAAAUGUCAAUCAGUUACUUUUGUAUAGAAUAUCCUUGUCCAUGAAGCUCUUUUUUUGAUUUGACAGAUUCUAUUUCCUGGGUUCAAUACACUA